GGGUUCCUUCACCCGAGUCGUGUCUGUGUGCGAGCGGCUGUGGAAUGAAACAUAGAGCCUAAGUAGUUUCCACCGAAGCCCUGCAGUCCUCAGCGGCCACUCGCUGCUCGCUUUGUUCCACUCCCGUUGGGGGCGAUAGUGACCAAGGGGCGUGGCAUCCGGGGGAAGCCGAGGCUGGAAGCCGGAAACUGGGCGGCAAAGCCGCUGCCCCCGCAGGAGCUCCGAUGGCGCCACCCCCUGCCCCGCUGCUGGUGCCGAUGCCCGCGGAGAGCUGUCCUGGUUUCAGGAAGCCUGAGCUCGUGAGUUUCGCGGACGUGGCUGUGUACUUCUCCCCGCAUGAGUGGGGCUGUCUGCGGCCCGCGCAGAGAGCCCUGUACCGGGAUGUGAUGCGCGAGACCUACGGCCUCCUGGGCGCGCUCGGAUUCCCGGGCCCCAAACCAGCCCUCAUCUCUUGGAUGGAACAGGAGAGUGAGGCUUGGAGCCCCGCCGCCCAGGAUCCUGCGGAAGGGGAAAUUCUAGGAGGAGCUCUGAGAGGAGACACUUCAAAUGAGAAGGAGCAGGGCUCCGAGAGGCCAGCAGAGACUCCUGCUCAGUUGCAGUCUAAAGAGGUGGUUGAACAUAAGACUUACUCCAUGGCUACCAAGUCCUCUGCAGGAGUACAGCUACCUACGAAAGCGUCCCCAGGCCAGGUGGCUGACGCACAGCUUCCUGCCCCGGUAGCCAGCCCAGAUGUGCAGGCCAAGCAGCGUCGCCAUGUGUGUGUGGACUGUGGGCGCUGCUUCGCAUACCCCUCUUUACUAAUCAACCACCGUCGCUCACACUCAGGUGAGCGACCCUUCCCCUGCCCAGAGUGCGGCAUGCGAUUCAAGAGGAAGUUUGCAAUGGAAAGUCACAAAUGGAUCCACCGGUCCUGCUCAGGGGGACGUCGUGGCCGUAGGCCUGGGAUCCGGGCUGUGCCUGGAGCCCCAGUUCGAGGUGACUGGGAUCCACCAGUGCUUUUUCGGCACUAUCCAGACAUUUUUGAGGAGUGUGGGUGAUAGCCGGCUGCCUGCAUCUGGAGCAGAGCAUGAACUUGGCGCUAAGAAGCAACUGAGUCAAGACUUGGGAAAUGAAAUAUAUCACUUUGACUUUUCUCAAGUAUCCUUUAUAAAAUUGUAAAAAGAAAAGUGCCUGUAAAGAUUCAUGUAGAUUAAACCUGACACCUGCUCCCCUC